AUGCCGACUCGAUGCGAUGUGGUGCGGACUUGCUGUCUAGAGGCCCCUGUCCCCACCUCAGCAGCAGCACCUCAGCAGCAGCACCUCAGCAGCAGCACCUCAGCAGCAGCACCUCAGCCCCAGCCCCAGGCUCAGCUCCAACCACACACAUACCCUCCUCCUCCUCCUCCAUCUCCUGCACCUCGUCCGUCUUCUAGCCGCUCGCCCUCAGCCUCUUCCCCCUCGCCCGCUUCCCCCCAGCCCGCUUCCCCGUCACCCGCUUCCCCCUCGCCCUCCGAGGCGCACCGAUCCCAGCAGCCGCCCAACCAGCCUCGGGCUCUCUAG